AUGAAUUCAAAAAAUUGCCAUAUCUUCUUUAUAACCAUCGUUCCCGUUAUCAUCGUUCUUUUAUCAUUAUCAUGCUAUUCAAUAGAAUUCAAAAAUAUCGGCACAUAUCCAACUAAAUUCUAUCAAUUGGUCAUAGAUCGUUUUCCUGAUGGGACCAUUCUAAUGGUAGAAGAAGGUGUGGAUACUGAUAUGACUAAUGGAAAUUCCACCAUUUUUGUUAACAGCGUUAGAUUACUUCAUCCAAACAAAACUAUAAAAUAUUUGUACGCUUUUACCCAACUGUGUCCAUAUAUAAAUCAAAAUUGUUUUGUUAAAACAAUAAUACCAUUUAAAGCAAAUCAUGUUCUAAUGAUUUACAUAAAUGAGCUUCGCCAAUACACUGUAGUGAUAGCAGACUGGUCUGACAAUAUUAUUUGGAAUGAUACAACGAUUACAUUAGGGAACUUUGAAAUCGGAACGCCACAAAUUAUUCAAAAUAAUUUUUACGAUGAAAAUAGAUCAUUAUUCUUAGUCUCCAAAGGAAAUAAUUUAUUCUAUAAAGAAUACAAUUACAAUCAAGAUGAUGGUCAAUUUGUUGUUUAUCAAGAAGGCAAUUAUACUUUUGAACCAAACUUAAUAGUAUAUACGGCUAGCUCAUUUUCGACAAAAGAAGGUUAUGGAAUUAUAUCUUACGUCCAUGAUAGAAAUUAUUUCAAUGGGUUGAAUCCAACGUAUCUUAUAUUAAUACAACCCGACUCAAAAUUAAAUAAAUUAAGCCGUCUUAAUUUAACUCAAGAGACAUCAACAUUUAUAAUACAAACAACAUGUAAAGCUGUAGCUGAUAUGAAAAUCCAUUAUAAAUAUUCUUGCUUGAUACUAUCGAAUAAUCAGCGAUUUAUAUUGGCGGAAAUCGAUUAUUUACCCUCAGAUAAUGAUUUUGAAGUCAAAACAAAAACUUUAACAAUUGAUAUUGAUUAUGAAUCUUUCCUUGUGGCAUAUCCGUCCUCAAUAAUUGAUUUCAUGAUAAUUUUUUACUUGCGAGCAUCAAAUUCAAUGAACUUGAUAUUAUUUAAUGCUAACGUUAAUGAUGAUUUUAUAACAUCAGAAUUUUAUGGAGGGUCUUUGAACUUUUCUUCUCAUUCUGGAGGCGCUAGAAGGAUCCUUCAUCAUGAAGAAUUAAUAAUAGCAGCCGAUAUUGAUGAGCACACAUGGAAAUUACAAUCUAUAAACGUAUCCCAGUUUAUUCCUGAAACAAAUAGGCUCAAUAAUCUUCAUAUUAAAAAAACUUGGCCCUUAUGGAAUGAAAGCAUUUACAUUGAUACAAAUAUGAUAAACAUCACUUUUGUCCAUCCAAUCGAGUUAAAGGACAAAAAUGUCUCGAUUUAUCUUUAUAAUGAUGGGGAGUAUGUGUUACGUCAAAGAUUUAAAUGCAUAAGCCCAGAAUGUGUUCUUAGCAUAGACAGAUAUUCUUUAAAUAUGACUAUUAAAGAGACAACUUUUAGUAUCCCUGAAAUGGUCUAUUAUGUUGAAAUACAAGAUGAAUUUGCCGAAUUUAGAAAUAUUAAUAAACUUUUACCUGGCAUCAAAAAAGAAGAUUGGCCUAUACGCAUAUUAUCGA